AUGGGACUUUCGGCCAAUCUCAUUGAAGAAAUAUACAAAUACAUUGACUUGUUGAAUAGCUCGCUUGGCAUGUUCUCAGACAAAGAUCUUAAGUAUCAAGUUCAGCAAAUUCAAAAAUUUUAUCAUAAAGGGAUAUCUCCGGACAAUUUUGAUCUUGAUAGUGUUGUUUAUCCAUUUAUACUUGCUUGCAAUUCCAAUAAGACUAAAUACGGCAAUCUAACCCUUGAUUUUAUGAUUUCUCUAUUUAAAUUUUCGUCUUCUGAGCUAUAUCCAUCAAUAGAACUUGCUAAGAAUCUACUCAGUUUGGCAAUUCUUAUAUCAAAAGAUUCCAAUUAUGAAACCUCAAUCAAAUCAAUUCAAUUUGUAAACUUAAUCUUCUCUUCUUAUGCAGGAUUUCAUGUUGUAAUCGGAGAAUUACUAGGUAUUAUAUACAAAAUUCUCAUUUAUGCUUCGAAUUCCCAUGAAUAUAAGAAUACAGAUAAAGAAUUGAUUGAUAACGUUCUUAGUGCAGGAAUAAGAUUCAUAAUAAUGAGAAGUCUUGAUACAUCAGUUAAUAUACAUAUUGAUAACUUCAAUAAUUACGCAAAAACAAUUUUGAACAAUGUUUACGAAGAUUCAAGUGAUAUUGUUAAAGAUGUUCAAGAACCCAAUGAUCAAAUAUCAAUACUCGAUCUAGAUAUGAUUGCAAUUUAUCAUUCUUUGUUUGAAUUAAUUGAAUCAGAGAAUUUAAAGAGAACAACAGUCAAUCAGAUUGCUAUGCUUAUUUGUAGAUCAAUGAAUACAGAAAUAGACUUCUGGAAAAAGCCAUUCGCGAAAGAAAUGGCAAAAGAAUUUAUUAUCCCUGUUUAUGAAGAAAUUGUAGCUGCUACGAAUUCAAAGAUGAACUUAGAACUUCCAUGUUCAUUUGCAAGCAUAAUUUGGGAGAAAUUUGAUUUAAUCACUGAUCAUAAGCAGUUAAUCAUUCAAAUUUCAUUUAUUUUGAACCAAAAUAAUGAUGAAAUGUUUUAUUAUGCAUGUGAAAUGCUUAAAAAACUUUCUCAAUCACCUGAAUUUUUGGUUUCAAUUUUGAAUUCACAAAUACGAAAUGGAAACAAAACAAUUUUAUCAAUUUUCAAGGAUAUUUGUGAUGUAGCAAUGCCAAAAUCAGACGUUGUAAGUCAUAAACAACAAGAAGCAAUGAUUGUUCUUGGUAAAUUAUUAAAUUCCUUCGAUAAGUUAAUGAAAAGAAGUUUUCAGCAGCCUAAAAGAGACAGAAACAAUGAGAAGUUGCUUUGUUGUGCAGAUAUAUUUAGUAAUAACUAUCAAAAAGGUUUAGAUUUAUUCAUUGAAAAUAAUUUUUGUGAUUAUGAAACAAUUGGUGAGUUUUUAUACAAAAUUCAUGAUUAUAUUGAUAAACUUAGAUUAGGAGAGCUUUUAUCUCUUGGAGACAUUGAAAUCUUCAAUCAAUUCAUUGAAUUCCUACCAAAAAACAAUGUAUGCGAUUUGAUUAAUGAAUUAUUUAGAUAUAUUUUGAUUCCAAGACAAAAAGAAGUUUUUGAAAACUUAAUUAGAAGAAUUAGUCACUUGAUUCAUGAAGAUUUUCUUUCUAAUGACGAAAAAAACAUUUAA